UUGACAGUGGCUUCUGUAUGUCACUACCGGUACUUUCUUUUUUCUGCACUUGUACUGCACGUAUUUGUGUGAAGCUUUUAAAGGAAAGGAGAUUAUACUUCGCUACUUUUUUUAAAUUUUUAUCGCUGAUUCUCUCACAGAUCUGACUUUUGAUGGCCAAGAGACGCGCUGAAGAAACUGUGCUACUCGACUCUCCCAGUAAGAGAAGAUACUUCCCUCCGAUUUACAGCGUUGACAUGCAGCUGGAGAGCAUGGCUUCAGGGGGAGGUUUGAGUUCCCCGUCUCUACUGGCCAUACUGGGGAGUCGCUGCAGAAAAAGGCCUCUCUAUUUCGACAACGAAGAAGGAUAUUCUGGUCCAGCGAUUUCACCCCCGGACUCCGGAAAGCAUGCAAAGGAUGUUUUGAAGACUCCAUCUUCUGGAAGUUUCCCGGGCGGCCGCAGGUCCUGCGCACUUUCAAGAAAUAAGCGACCGCGAGAGGACAGCGUCGGUUCAGACACUGUUAAUGCAACAGAUAAAACAGCUGAUGAAGAUGGCACUUAUAACUCUUUUCAGUACUGGAGGGUCCCCUUACCUGAACUUGACCUUUCACUGCUAGACGAGUUUAGUGACCAUUACCCAAAAAAAGACAAGUUCAAAGAGAAUGACACAACUGCAGAUGCAAUGGAGACCUGAAGAUGAUGAACACUUGAUGUGUUUUAUUACCUGAGCAAACAGAUCCUGUUGAUCCAUGUCCCAUAGACAUGUCAGAUAAUAGAACUAAAGUCAGUGUCUUGCUGUAGGACUUCAGUGACUUCCAGAUGUUUUGUGAAGGAGCUCUUGGUCAUCCUGAAGCUUUAUGUUCAAUGGGUUUUGUAAGAGCGAGGGGAGGCUGUUCAUUUAUAUCCCUGUCCUUUUUUCUGCCACAUCUGCCAAUUUCCAGCAGAGUUUGUGAAGUAGUGAGUUUGUCAAAUGCAAAAAGGAGCUGAUAACCAGUCAGUGCUUUGUAUCUACCAUACAUCAACUCACGCAGCAGAAGGAAUGUUUUGUACCAACUUUGACAACUGAUAAAUUUAAGUAAUUUUCCAGAAUGUACUUGCAGGGUCCUGUGCAGUCUGGAAAAUGAUGGCAUUUGUUUUUAGUAUUUUUCAGAUUUAAAUACAUGUAUUUUCCUUUAGUCUCACUUUUAUUCCUUCUUCCCUUUGUCCUUCCUCUUAGACAAUAGUGUCUGCAGGUUCUGUUUUCUAAAGACCAGUCACAGCAGAAAUAUCUGCCAUAAAGUCAUUGUGAAGUUUCGUGCUUAUGCUUAGUAGCCAUCAGAAAAUGGAUGGGGAACUCUGGAAAGACGUACAAUUAAGACAUGAACAAGAACCCUAUGUUUGUAGUCUACUGCAAGGAAAAUGUGAAUCUGGUCCCCAAAUAAACAUCUCUCAGCAGAGGUCGCUUUGAGUUACUUUGGUUGGAUCAAGGAGCAGAAUCUGUUAUAUUUUAUAAACCAACUGGUCCACAUGGACGUGUUGGUAACAAUGUCUUCAGUAAAAUUUCAUAUGAGAUUUGAACAAUUUUUUAUCUUCUGGAUUUAUUAAGAAAAAAUAAAAGAUGUGUAACAUGCAUGUAAACAAACGGGUUUGCGUAUUUAAGGUUUAAAAAAAGUUCUUGUAGGUUGGGAUUAUUGAAGCCUAAUAAAGUGCCUGACUGGCACUAUGCAGCAUUCGAUAAGCCUACAUUACCCCUCACCUACUUGUUGCUGCACACUGAUUACCAGUGGGCUGAAACAAACCUACUACUUGCAAAAGAAAGUAGUAGGGUGUUUAGAAAUAUUUCUGGUUCUGAAAGGUCAGGACUGACAUGUGGAGACUAAAGGAGCCCCACUCAUCACACUUGUUAAGGAAUUGCUGCAGUUCAGUUGGUAAGUUGUGACCUGUUUGGCAAGCUGUUUUAAAUAAGCUACAAGAUCAUUCUUCAGAUUUUAGUUUUGGAUUUUUCUGCUAUUAAUAUGAUACAAAGAAGCAAUCUUGUUUGUACCCAGUUAUCACAUUGUGAGGAUCUAAAUGACUCGCAUAUAGUUGGGAAGAAUAGACUCAGAGUUUCAUAAAUUGUUAUAGGUUCAGUAUUAUUUAUUUUCCAGGCAAGUAGAGCAAUUUUGUACCACAAUCAAGUGACUAUCUCACCUUUAGUCGUUACAAAAAUGCUGUAUAUAUCAAAUAUGACUUAAAAUAAAUUCGAUAUUAUUUAAAGCCUUGAAA